AGAUAAGCGAAGUUCAGACUUUGAAGUUCGUUAAUAGAGCGUGCGCGUGCCGCAACGUCUUUUCGAUAUCGAUUUUCCCGAAGACGAGGAUCGCGUGCAAAAAAUUUGAUUCAACAUUUUUUUUAUCUAAUUUUUUUUUCUCGUUCAUGUCUGCAUAUUUUGCGACACCGUGUAUAGGUGACUCGGUAAUAAAGGUUAGGCGCCGUCACAGAAGAACGUGGCGGGUUAUCACGCCGUGCGAAAGGAGGAUCCAUAUCGUUUUUCGAAUAUCGUGUUUUUAAGACGCGCGGUUUCGAGUCCGUUGGUAUCGCCGCUGGUGCAUUAAGACUGACAAACAGAGAAACGCGUGUGAACACGCAACGUAUUGUAAAAUGGGAGACCCGAAGGCUCAGCACGGUACACAGGAGAUGAAAGGCUGGCUAUUUAAAUGGACUAAUUAUUUAAAAGGUUACCAACGAAGAUGGUUCGUCCUGUCAAAUGGCCUACUGUCGUAUUACAGGGCUGAACCAACAGGGGGGCCAAAGAUAUCAACACGACGCAAGCGGAAGGCUGGCAGAGCCUCCGAAAAUCCUGCGGAGAUGUCACACACGUGCCGUGGCACGAUAUCCUUGCACGGAGCCUUAAUACACACCGUGGACGCUUGCACAUUUGUUGUGAGUAACGGUGGUACGCAAACCUUCCACAUCAAGGCGGCGACGGAGGUAGAACGUCAACAGUGGGUCACGGCUCUCGAGUUAGCGAAGGCCAAGGCUAUUCAAGUCAUGGAAUCUGAAGAAGAGGAGGAGGAGUUCCAGGAUAACGACAGUCAGAAGCCAGAGCAAGUAUCGGUGAUAAAGGACCUGUCUCAACAUUUAGAAGACUUGCAGGCCUGCAACGACUUGAUAAACAGCAAAGGGAUUAUGCUUCAACGUGCUUUAAACGACCUCGAAUCGCUCGAACCUCCAUCGCCAGAAUUAGCGGCAAAAAUAAAGACAGUCAGCGAACGAGCCACGCUCUUUCGCAUCGCUGCCGGUGCUAUGGUUAAUAAGAGCAAUGAGUAUUUGCAGCUAGCGCAGCAGCAAGAGCCCAAGUGGAAGAAGAUGCUGCAGCACGAGCGGGAUCAGAAGGUGCGGAUAGAGAAAAUGGUUGAACAACUGGCGAGGCAGCACUCCCACCUGGAAGAGGCUGCACAGCAUGCAAUUCCCUCGGCGGUUCCAGCAGGGGGGCACAGACCUUCGCAUACGGCAGCUACGACUUCUCCAUCGGAAGACGAAGAAGAUAAUGUAGAAUUUUAUGAUGCACAAGAGUCAGACACUUUCACGUUAAGUAUUCCUGCAACGGGCAAUUCUAGAGAACGAACAGACUCUCAAGGUAGCGAUGAUGGUUCAAGUUCAGAAGGAGAUCAGACACCUCUGCCACUAUCAGAUAAUGCCGGUACUAACUCCUUUCUUAUUGUGACCGAUUCUACAGUAGUACAAACUCCCAACAGUGUUGAUAAUACCGACAAUCUGGACAAUUCAACUUGGCAAACCAAUAAUGGCAGCAGUUGCAGCCCCGGGGUGACAGGUUCCAAAAGGAAGAGAAGGACUAGAGUACCUGAAAAACCAAAUUAUCCGUUAAAUUUAUGGAGCAUUAUGAAAAAUUGUAUCGGUAAAGAUUUAUCAAAAAUUCCAAUGCCCGUCAAUUUUUCGGAGCCGCUGAGCAUGCUUCAGCGGCUUACGGAAGAUUACGAAUAUGCAGAUAUUCUUGACAGGGCAGCAGAAUGUACAGAUAGCUUUGAGCAAAUGGCUUAUGUGGCUGCAUUUACUAUAUCCAGCUAUUCCACAACCGCUUCCAGAACUGGCAAACCUUUCAAUCCUUUAUUAGGCGAAACGUAUGAAUGUGAUCGUUGCGAUGAUUUAGGAUGGCGAGCAAUUUCAGAGCAAGUAUCGCAUCAUCCACCGAUGUUAGCACAGCAUUGCGAGGGGCGAAAGUGGCGUUGUUGGCAAGAAUUUACCAUGGCAUCUAAAUUCCGUGGAAAAUAUCUCCAAGUAAUACCAUUAGGAACUGCUCACCUUGAAAUGGAGGGUGGUAUGCAGCAUUACACAUGGCGAAAAGUCACGACCACUGUACACAAUAUUAUAGUAGGAAAAUUAUGGGUUGAUCAAAGUGGCGACACAGACAUUGUGAAUCAUAAAGAAGGUAUAAAGUGCCAUUUGAAGUACACACCGUAUUCGUACUUCUCGAGGGAUAGUCAGCGUAAAGUGAAGGGAGUAGUCAUGAAUUCAAAUAACGAAGUAAAGUGGGUAGUACAAGGUACAUGGGACACGAAAAUAGAAAUUGCUCCUGUGAUUAGUACGUCUGGAACACUGGACAAUCAAGUGUAUAAAACAGGGCCUUAUAUACUCGCUUGGAAACGUCGUAUGCCGCCUGAAGACUCGGAAAAGUUUUACAACUUCACGGAACUAGCGUGUCAACUUAAUGAGCCUGAAGAGGGAGUAGCUCCGACAGAUUCUAGAUUUAGGCCUGAUCAAAGAUUAAUGGAAAAUGGGCAAUGGGAUGAAGCGAACGCGGAAAAGCUUCGAUUAGAGGAAAAACAGAGAACUGUCCGACGCGCACGAGAACACGAAGCCGAGAAAGCAGCUGCUCAAGGUUUACCAUACGAAGCUUACGAACCGUUAUGGUUCAAAAAAGAGCAGGAUCCGUACACAGACAGUGUAUGCUACGUAUAUGGUGGCGAAUAUUGGGAGUGUAAGAGUAAAGGUGAUUGGUCACGGUGCCCGAGCAUAUUUUAGCUUAUUAUAUAAAUAUAUCAAUUAAUAAUGUGACCGCCAAUAUACAGUGCAAAAAUGUUUGGAUUCAUUUAAAGUGAAGAUAGUCGAUAUUAGAAAUCACUUUCGGAGAUCAUUGCUUCUAAAAUAUGCCGACGUGAUAGUGGGGCUGUUAGGGGACAUGGUUUAGUCAGUACCUUCUUCCAAUGAACUGUUCAAUGUUGGCAUUCUGACACAUAAGACGAACGUUUUGUAGUAUAUCAUUGCCCCUAUUGUUCUACACAUCCUUCUGUCUAUAUUACCACUGCAUCCCUCUCAUUCGCCCAUUUUUUCUAAACAAUCAGAACAUUAUUAUAUUCAGUCCACAUGGCUCGACUAAUGCUUUUGCAUACAAUUUUUGUAUAGAUUUAAAAAAUUUUCUGUACAUGUCAUCAGGCUCUGCCGCUAGGCUGAACAUAUUUAAUAAUACAUUCACAAAGAAAUCCAGAUACUAUUAAUAACCAAAUAAGCUGCAGGAGUUUCUGUUACUUCGGUUUCAAAUUCAAAUAGCAAUAAAAUCAAUGAUUUUUAUGACAGAAACAUCGAUGUUGAUCAAAACUACAAUUAACUGGGGAGUUCAAGUCAAUCACGAGAAUCCACUUAAUGCUAAUGCAGUAUUCAUAAUUUGUUUCCAAACGAAUUUAGAUGUACCGAAUCUUUUUAUAGAAACGGUACUGAUUGUAAGUUCUAACGAGAUCGAUCGUAAACACCAACUCUGAGAAAUUGCCAUAGCUGUCCGACAUAAUGGCUAUUACGUAUCCAUCGCGGAAAGUACUUACAUAGACUAUUAAAAAUGUAUUUUCGAUGCUUGAUACGAUGCUGGGGAUAUUUAAAUGAUUGAAAAAAAACUAUAGGAAAAUUUUGUAAUAGUAUUGUUGAGUACGUCAGUAAAAUAAGAAGUAACCGCGUUGUAUGUGUCUAAAAGCCUUAUUGAAUUAUUUUAAAAUAGAUACAGUAGACGACGCGUUUUUUCACAUUGGUCAUUUUACACGUGUGUUGCGGCCAGACUGUUCACUCGACUGCCACGUCUUAGCCUUUACACGAAAACGAUUGGAUAAGAGGCGGCAUUCGUUACGCUGAUGCGACAAUCUGUAACCGCUAUGAAGAAAAUGUUCCUGUGGAUAAAGCGUUUGUAACAACGAGGAGAGUUCUGUGCGUUGAGGCAAUUGUUUCAACAUACUCGAUGAUCUAUAUAUCUAUAACGACAGCCGGGCGUACCGUAGCGUCCAUAUGUGAGAAAGAAGAAACUGGUGGUAAUGGGGCACGCUUCAAAAUUUUUGCGAUUUUCCGUGCAGAUGUAGACACUGAAUGUUCCACGAAUUUAGGCUGGUUGCCUAUACUAGCCUAAUUACUAAUACACUCCGUCGAGCUAAUGUUACAAAGUAUAAUCGAUGUUAAUGUAAGAAGAGUGUAAAGAGAAUUUAAUGUCACACCGGAGAGCUCAUAAAUUGUAAAAAGUUGUUCUUUUCCAAGAACACUUGAGAACUCGAAGAAAACCAGUCAUUACAAACUAAAUCCUUUUCCAAACUACAGUAUGUAGACACGCACACAUUCAUACACAGGUACAAAGCGCGCAAUUGAGCGCGAAUGAUUUUGCGUACGUACGUAUGUAUGUAUGUAUGUAUGUAUGCAUGUAUGCCCGUAUAUGUACAUAUGAUAAUUAAUAAAACCCAUUGUAUAUCCCUCUUAUGAGCACAUCGUACAGUUGUUCUGUUCAUAAUGUUUGUAUAUUGACAAUUAUAUAAUUCCACUCUGUGUAGGACGAUAUUGAACGGAACAUCUAGCUUGCAAACAGUGUUUACAAUGAUUGUUACGAUUAAGUAUUUGGCUGUAUUAUAAUUUUAAUAGUUGAUAAUAAUCGGAUAUAUCUGUAUACAUAUAAAUACAAAUUAACUAUAAAAAUAAAAUAAUUUAAAGAAACUACGAUAAGGCGAAUAGAACAAACGUUUGGAUUAUAUAGUGCUUGUACAUUAGCUAUUCGUGUGGAACGAUAAAAUACAAAUGCUUCGCUACAAAAAAAUGAAAAAAGAAAACGAAAAUAUCUUUGUAGCAUUCACAUGAUUGCCUUUCGGCAUCUCCUAUGUAACACCCGUUGGUCGCACAAAUGGUGCAAUUAUUUAUACGAUAAAUAACCGUAGCCUUUUGUUCCAUCGAACAAAUUGUAUUGAUUUAUUGUAACAAAUUAAAAAAAAGAUCUUGAACGGGUAA